AUUUCUCAAACUUAUUUUUCUCUUGCUCAGGGACAUCAUGAUAACAUAUUUUGAACCCUCCAUCUCAUUCGAGGGACUGUGCGGUGAAGUUCGAGACAUGUGCUCCUUUGACAAUGAACAGCUUUUCACCAUGAAAUGGAUUGAUGAAGAAGGAGAUCCAUGUACAGUUUCUUCUCAGCUGGAGUUAGAAGAAGCCUUUCGGUUGUACGAACUAAACAAGGAUUCAGAGCUUCUAAUUCAUGUAUUUCCCUGUGUACCAGAACGGCCUGGCAUGCCUUGUCCAGGAGAAGACAAAUCCAUUUAUCGCCGAGGCGCCCGCCGGUGGCGAAAGCUCUAUUGUGCAAAUGGUCACACUUUCCAAGCCAAACGAUUUAACAGGAGAGCUCAUUGUGCCAUCUGCACUGACCGAAUAUGGGGCCUGGGUCGCCAGGGAUAUAAAUGCAUCAACUGCAAACUCCUCGUUCACAAGAAGUGUCACAAACUUGUCAAUACUGAAUGUGGCCGUCAUACACUACAACCAGAACCAAUAAUGCCUAUGGAUCCAUCAUCAGUGCAUCCAGAUAAUGUAGAAUCAGUGAUUCCGUACAAUCCCUCAAGUCACGAGAGCUUGGACCACGUUGGUGAAGAAAAAGAGGCAAUGAGCAUUAGAGAAAGUGGCAAAGCUUCCUCCAGCCUGGGUCUUCAGGAUUUUGAUUUGCUCCGAGUUAUAGGAAGAGGCAGUUAUGCUAAAGUACUGCUUGUUCGAUUGAAGAAAACUGAACGCAUUUAUGCAAUGAAAGUGGUGAAGAAAGAGCUCGUCAAUGACGAUGAGGAUAUUGAUUGGGUUCAGACAGAGAAACACGUCUUUGAGCAGGCUUCAAAUCAUCCCUUUCUUGUUGGACUACACUCUUGCUUCCAGACAGAAAGCAGGUUAUUCUUUGUUAUAGAGUAUGUAAAUGGAGGAGAUCUAAUGUUUCAUAUGCAGAGACAGAGAAAGCUGCCAGAGGAGCAUGCCAGGUUUUAUUCUGCUGAAAUCAGUCUAGCGUUGAACUAUUUACAUGAACGAGGGAUAAUCUACAGAGAUUUAAAGCUGGAUAAUGUGCUACUAGAUUCUGAAGGGCAUAUUAAACUCACAGAUUAUGGCAUGUGCAAGGAGGGUCUGAGGCCUGGUGACACAACCAGCACGUUCUGUGGGACUCCAAACUAUAUUGCACCUGAAAUUCUCCGCGGAGAGGAUUAUGGCUUCAGUGUAGAUUGGUGGGCACUUGGUGUGCUUAUGUUUGAGAUGAUGGCGGGCCGGUCGCCCUUUGAUAUCGUUGGGAGUUCUGACAAUCCUGAUCAGAACACAGAAGAUUAUCUUUUCCAAGUAAUUUUGGAAAAACAGAUCCGAAUUCCUCGAUCCCUCUCUGUUAAAGCAGCAGGUGUUCUAAAGAGUUUCCUUAAUAAGGAUCCAAAGGAACGUUUAGGCUGCCAUCCUCAAACAGGAUUUGCAGAUAUCCAGGGACAUCCAUUCUUUCGCAACGUUGAUUGGGAUCUGAUGGAGCAAAAGCAAGUGGUGCCUCCAUUUAAACCAAAUAUAUCAGGAGAAUUUGGUCUGGAUAACUUCGAUUCCCAAUUCACCAAUGAACCUGUGCAGCUCACUCCAGAUGAUGAUGAUAUUGUGAAGAAGAUUGAUCAAUCUGAAUUUGAAGGCUUUGAAUAUAUAAAUCCUCUCUUGAUGUCAGCUGAGGAAUGUGUCUGAAUUCUCCAUUUCUGGACUGUGCCAAUUGUUACUCUGUUUGUUUCUGCAUGGAUAAACAUCUCUUCAUUUGGAUGCACUUGCAUAAAAUGAGUAACUGAACAUCUUACCCUUUGCCACGUAGUGUGAAUUACGAAUUUUCUUUUUUAUUAAUUGUCAUCCAGGACAGUUGUUAUGCUUGAACCUUCGGCUGCCAGAUUUAAAAUGUUAAACUUUCCAACAGUCUUGCCAAACUUGAAUUUUAAUGUAGAAGUUGAUCUGAGGCUCCUGACUGAACAAUGGGAUCUGGCUGUAUAAUCUGCCAAUACAGCAUUCUGAUGAAAGAAAGUUUUCUUACUGCUUUAAGAAUACAAAUUCCAUCAAGGGAUGUAAUAAAAUAUCAUUGAAGGACUUCUCUUUUUCCAGCGAGACAAGUAAGACCUUAUGACUUCUGUAGUUCUAAAUCUUUUCUUUCUAAACAUCUGAUUUCCCUUUUCUCCUUAGACUUAGAAGUUAGAGCUAUGUUAUUCUCUUCAGAUUGAAAUGACAGGAAGGAGAGCAGAUUUUUAAACUGACGAGGCCAAGAAUGGCUGCUUUCAUAGGCUAUAUUGAUCUAUUCAAAAGAAGAUAAUUAUAUCUCAGUAAUGCUCUGAAAUUAGACACUAGGAAUUGUACGCUGAUACACGGAGAGUGCCUUUCUGAGCCUGUCCCUUUCCGUGAGGGUUGCACAUGGUAUAAAGUGUCAGUUUAAAUAAAUGGAUCAGUUAAUACUUUGAACAGUUAAAAUCUGCAGAGUGUAAUUUAGCAGUAACGGGCAGCUAAUACUCACGGAUGUAGAACAUCAUACUAUUAUUUAUUGCUUUCACACUUGCUGUCUUAACUGUAUCAGAACUGCAUAUGUUACAGCUGUGGCCUAGAUGAGGGCAUUUGUUUCCUUUUUCUUAAUCUUAUUGCCAUACUGUUGGAAAUGCAUUUGACUUUGCCAGUGGAAAAAACACAUCUAGGAAGAAAUAGGUGCUGUCCACAAUGACUCCCUUAACUUCCCCACGUGUAGAUGGUGAUUUGUAAUCACAAUCGAACUGUAACUGUUGGUAGUAGACUCAAAGUUAAUCGUAAAGCUCUUGGAAUGAAUUGAAAGAAUGGUUCAAACUAGGACUUUUGGGAGGUGUGAUUCUUACAUUUCAUGUUAGUAAACAGUGUAAUAUACAGCACAGAUAAUUCUUAUUUUUUAAUGUUUAAGGAACAGUUUUGAAUGUUUAAGGCUGAAGAAAUGCCAAAUAUACCACUUUAUUUUUUUUUUUAAUUACUCUGGGGAAAAGGGAUUAAGAGACAUUGAAGAAAAGAAUCUGUGUUAUAUAAGUAUGAGCUAUAAGGCAAGCUAAGCGUUACUGAAAGCAGAUCUAAGUAUCUGUAAGCACAAGUUAGCAAACCUUAUCUGAAGCUUUUAAUAAGACUUCUGCUUGGUCAGUGUCUCUCCUUGAAAAUCCUUGUAUGGUGACACUGUAAAUUCAUAGCACAAAUCUUCUGGUGUAUGUUUUUUUUCACUUACAUGUUAGCUUCAAGGAGAGAGAUUGCACAAAUACACAGUAGUGUUAUGGUGUGGUAUUUUAGUUCAUGUUUUUCUUUGCAACAUGAAUGAGAAACUCUUGAGGUAUUGGGCUGAGUUUUCAGGACUAGAAAGUGAUUGAAGAGGCCUCAAUUUCAGGGAAGCAUUGAACCUCCGCACUGUUAAAAAACAGGUUCCCUUAAACUCGAGUUAUAUAUUUUCAAAUGUAAAAUAUCAGAGUAGACCUACUUUUAAAGUGCAGCUAAUAACUUCAGCAUGUUUAGUUCAUGUCAAGUGAACUGCUUGCAUGCGGUUUUAAAAUCGUGAUUAAUUGUUUAGCCUCUAACUUCUACACCUGCAUGACUAGCUUAGACAUCAGGACUUAACUGAUAAUAAACUUGGAAAUUAUCUAAAGCAAACAAGAAAAGCCUUGUCUCUGCAGUGGCUUAACUUCAUAUGAGGUGUUAAAUAAAAUGGCUUGAGGUAAAGAAGGGCAUUUCUGCUGUUCAUCACAGAAGAGUAAUGGAGUAAAACACUGUCUUUUGCUUAAAGCAAAAGUUGGGGGUUUUUUAUAGAUAAUGUCACAGAAAAGAUACUUUUUCAAUUUACAUAUCUAACCAUUAAGAAUGUCUCGAAGUGACAAACAUCUUAAAUAACUGUAAAUUUAUUUUUAAACCUUUUCUUCAAAGUGCCAUGGUAUUAACAGAUAUUUUUUUUCAUUGUUAAGCAUAUAACAACUGUCAUAAAUAUUCAGAAGGGACACUGGGUGUAAACAGUCCAGGGCAGUAGGCUUUGUCUUUGGGAGAAAGUGUCUGCAUCAGAAGCAUGAUGUAUUUAUGUGGAGCAACCUUCUUUUUGUAUGCAAGUUGGAUUCUUAUGGGUGCUCUGCUAGUUAAUAUUGUCACUACUAUUUUCCUGUUUCAUACGGAAUAUGGUCUUGAAUGUUGUUGUGUAAUCAUUCCCUUUAUUUGUGCACACUUUUUACUUUAAAUAAAACAUUUCUACUAGG